AUGCUUCAAGGUGCGCUGGGGGCGCUGGCCGCUGUGUAUGCGGCUGUGUAUGCGGCUGUGUAUGCGGCUGUGUAUGCGGCUGUGUAUGCGGCUGUGUAUGCGGCUGUGUAUGCGGCUGUGUAUGCGGCUGUGUAUGCGGCUGUGUAUGCGGCUGUGUAUGCGGCUGUGUAUGCGGCUGUGUAUGCGGCUGUGUAUGCGGCUGUGUAUGCGGCUGUGUAUGCGGCUGUGUAUGUGGCUGUGUAUGUGGCUGUGUAUGCGGCUGUGUAUGCGGCUGUGUAUGCGGCUGUGUAUGCGCCUGUGUAUGCGGCUGUGUAUGCGGCUGUGUAUGCGGCUGUGUAUGUGGCUGUGUAUGUGGCUGUGUAUGCGGCUGUGUAUGCGGCUGUGUAUGCGGCUGUGUAUGCGGCUGUGUAUGUGGCUGUGUAUGCGGCUGUGUAUGUGGCUGUGUAUGCGGCUGUGUAUGCGGCUGUGUAUGCGGCUGUGUAUGCGGCUGACGGUGGUGGAGGCACGUGGGAGGGUGGCCUGGGCUGUUGCCUAUGGGCCCUAUCGGCCUCUGAUCUCUACCUCCCCCAACCCCUCGUCUCCCUCCCCGAGGUGACGGUGGUGGAGGCGCGCAGCCGGGUGACGGUGGUGGAGGCGCGCAGCAGGGUGGGCGGGCACAUGUGGGGUGGAGCCUUCUUUAAUCUCUUCCGCCUGCCUCUUUCCCCCUUUCUCCCAGGUGACGGUGGUGGGGGCGUGCGGCAGGGUGCGCUGAUGCCUGUCUCCCAUCUCUUUCUAUUCUCCUUCCCCAUCCCCUCUUAUCAGGUGACGGUAGUGGAGGCGCGCGGCAGAGUGGGCGGGUGGCAGUGGUGGAGGCGCGCGGCAGGGUGGGCGGGCGCAUGUGGAGCCGCGAGCAGGUUUUUCAUCCCUCUUUAUUCUUAUCGCCCCCCACCUUCUCCCCCACCCCCCUCCCUUCGCUCCCCACCCCCUACCCCCUCUUCCCCGCAGGUGACGGUGGUGGAGGCGCGCGGAAGGGUGGGCGGGCGCAUGUGGAGCCGAACGGAGGCCGCCCCUGCCGGCUCGCCCACGACGUUCCUGCGAGGCGAGAUGGGCGCGCAGUGGAUCGAGGGCGCCACAGGUAACCCCAUUGCCACCCUAGCUCGAAAAUUCAAGCUCAGAAUUGGGCGGCAGAACGGGCGGGAAAUACAAUUCACAGCCAAGGGGAAGAGAUACAGGGAUCCCGGGUGGUCGGCAGCGGAGGCGGAGUAUCAGACGCUGGUACGGCAAGGCUUGUCCUGGGCGAACAGACAGGACAAGGAUGUGAGCCUGCAGCAGGCGUUCACCAGCGGGCCGUGGAAGUGA